AAGUAGCAUCAUUAAAAAUUCUGCUUUGUUUAUUUGAUUUUCUGCGUUAAUUGUAAAGAAUUGUUCUUUAUUAGUGUCUCACGUGGCGUCUAAUGUUGGUAUAAUAUCGCCCACCGUCAGAAAAACGUGCAUUAAAAUACAGUUGGAGAUACUAACACAGGAGUUUACGUUUGAUUUACAGCAGCUCAGCAGUUCUUCUGCUACGUCCGUUGAGGUUGUGUGUUUAUAAGCUUAAGUAUAAAACCAUAAUUCUGCUUUAUUAAAGCAUCUAUAACCGAAAAUGACGCGACAUGGGAAGAACUGCACUGCGGGGGCCGUGUACACCUACCAUGAGAAGAAGAAGGAUACAGCUGCUUCUGGAUACGGGACUCAGAGGGUUCGCCUGGGAAAAGAUGCGGUUAAAGAUUUCGACUGCUGCUGCCUCUCAUUACAGCCAUGCAAAGACCCGGUUGUAACUAAAGAUGGGUACCUCUAUGAAAGAGAGGCCAUACUGGAGUACAUCCUCCAUCAGAAAACUGAGAUUGCCAAGAAGAUGAAGGCCUUUGAAAAGCAAAAGCAGGCACUGAAGAGUGAAGGCCAGCUGGAAUCAUGCUCAGAGGAGAGAGAGAAAGUAGAGAAGUUCAAAAAGAGGGAGGGCAGCAUUGUUUCCAAGCCAAUCAAUCCCUUCAUCUCAGGUCAUUCUAAAGAGAUGGCAUCACCAAACGGCUCUGUAAGCUCCUCAGUCAGUUCUUCAAGCUCAGCUUCAGGUACAAGUGUGUCCAGCUCCUCAUCCUCUCUUCCCAGCUUUUGGAUCCCCAGCCUAACUCCAGAGGCCAAACCUACGCUCCUGAAGAAACCUUCAAAAACAGUGAAGUGUCCCAUGUCGGGCCAAUCUCUGAAGAUGAGUGAUCUGAUUACUGUGCGUUUCACUCCGCUGGACGCAAGCCUGGACAGAGUUGCUCUUCUCACACGCCAAGACAGAUACGUGUGUGGAGUAACUAAAGACACGCUGGGUAACUCUGUGCCCUGUGCAGUGCUCAGACCCUCUGGAUCUGUGGUCACUUUGGAGUGUGUGGAGAAGCUAAUACGCAAGGACAUGAUUGACCCGGUGUCAGGAGACAAACUGAAAGAGAAUGACAUCAUAGUCCUACAGAGGGGUGGAACUGGCUUUGCUGCCUCUGGAGUGGAUCUUUGUGCAAAGGAGGCCAGACCCGUGAUGCAGGCCUGAGUACUCAGCAAUAAAGAGUGGACUGGAGUUUUAAA